UCGAUUCCAGAUUAUUUGUAGUUGAAAAUGGCAAUAGUGGAUGAUCCCGACUGGUUAUUGAACCACAUUCGGCAUUCUUUCAUCACAAGUGAUGACACCGGUAUGUGUGAAAUGGUGAUACAGGAGAAUGAUUUGCUCACAUUAGCAGAACACAGAAAGAAAUUGAAGGAAAAAGCUUCAAAAAAUAUAAAAGGUAAUCAUUCGAAGUGUUUGAAUAAUACCUCAUGCGGGGUUAGAGGGUCUUUGGAAAAAUCGCCCGGAGCCGUUUCGUGUAAUGAUGGUUUGUUUUACAAAUCAAGUGAAGAGGAUAUUCCUGUUGCUCCACUUGCACCAUCGCCAGAUAUUCAAUCUGGAUGGGACUUUGGCGUCAGAAGAAGAUCAAACACAGCACAGAAACUGGAGAUGAUUCGCAAGGAACGUCAGAGUCGGGUGCAAAUAAAAACUGUCCAUUGGAAUCAACUCCCUGCACAUUUAAUUAACGAAAGUAAAGAUUCAAUGUUUUCAAAGAAAGUAACUACAUCUUUGGUGCCUGAUAAUGAUAUAAGAGGAUCAAACAUUGUGGAAAACAGAACAGAUGUGAAAAAAGUUCAUAUAAACAAUGGUUUGGACAUGCAGUUCUCUAGGGUUGAAUCUAACAAUGUAACAGUUGAUACUGAGCUUACUUCUACGCAUGUUGGGUUUAAUGUGGCUGAGACUGAAGCCCAUAGUGACUUGAAUGAAAGCGAUGAUUAUAACCACGAAAAAAAAAGUCACAAACGCUCCGUUUCAGCACUUUCACAGAUGCUCAUGCAGACGGUCAAAGUAGCAGAUAAUCCAUUCAAGGAAUAUUAUAAGUUUGACGGCAGAGGGCAUGAAGGUGCAACCUCCACCCAGCGUAUUAAUAUGUUUGUAUUUGUAUACGGCGAACCACCUCCAACAGAACCAAUGAAAGUAGUAAUGCUCGUGUCCGGCGCAAAAAUUAUUGACUUAAUUGGACUAUCAUGUUGGCAGUAUGUUACUGAGAAAUAUUCGCCGCCAAUCAAGCGUACCGAUGUUCAAGGUUUCACGUUAAACAUCGCCGAAGACGAUGGUGAGGUAGAUUACGGAUUCCCUGCCUUAGAAAACAACGAACCAGUCGCAAAGUUUAGUUUUCCAACUCUUGCAUUGAUAGAAAAGCAUGUGGUAAGUAACGCUGGAGGUGUUGAUGGAAAGUAUUGCGAAAGCGUGUUCGUUAAAGUGAACGAUUAUGCUGGCUUCUCGCUUAUUCAGGUUGAUGAUCUGAAUGUUACUAUGGGAGAAAUUCUAAAGAAAGCAUUAAAACGAAGAAAAGGAAACAAUUUUGUUGGCAAAUACAACCUUGAAUAUCAGGAUAGACUGGGGGUUUGUGUGGAUAAAGAUCAGACACUUGAUAGCACAGGUGCCAUGGAGUUCUGCAUGGUACGAGAACAUAGUUCACGUAGUGCUAACAAUAUUCCUCAAGAAAAGGUUACAAGAUCCAAAGAGAAGAAAGUUUCAUCUAAUAAAGGGCUUACUGGAAUACAAUUACAAACUAUAAUGUCAAGCAGUUAGUAGGCACCAAACCUGGGGUGGCAGGGUAGGUAGGCUAAAGUUCGAAAUUUCUACACAGCAUUUAUCACUAAUUACAACAAACGAAGUUGAUUUGUUUCACAGGAUUGUGUGUCUCCCUCUCCCUGCCUCCCCUGUGUUUUAAAAUGUUUGGCAAAUAUGUCAAUGUCUGUAGAAUUUACUUCCCUAAAGGAGCCCCUUUAUAGACUUGGUUGUAUUCUUAGAAGCGAAGUUAUAAUUAAACCCAAUUUUAAUAGAUUCUAUGAUUGCCUAAGAACUAUAUGUAUAUAUAAUAUAUAUUUAGUUCAUUAUGUUAUGUGAAUGUUAGCAUCAUAAAUAUACAGCAGACGUGAAACAAAUAUUUGUUUGAAAGUUUCAUUUGUGAACAUUUUGUACUGCAUUAUAUCUUGUGCAAUGUUAUGUAUUGUUCUGUGCAAUAUCCUAGUUAACAGUGGCUCAGUUGGACAUAAAAGGUCCACCGCUUACUUUGCCAAAAUUUCUUCUAAAGAUUUUGAAAUAAAUUAAGAAAUAAAAACCUCCCAAAACAAGAACUGGUCAUCGCAACUGUGUUUUUAAUCUCAUAAAUUUUAGAUUAAUGUAUUAGAUUAAUUUCACCACCAACACCCAGAACCACUCCUUUGCGCCACUGUUUGUAAAUAUUCAACCAUAAUCAAUUAAUUAUGUUAUUAAACAAAGAUGAUUCUAAUUAACUGUAAUUAAUUCCAAAGUUGACCAAUCUAUUUCAAUAUUUACGUCUUUUUUUGAUUGACUUCGAAUGAAUGAAUGACUUUGUUAAGAACGAAGUAAUUUUAAAGCUUAAAAUUAAAGUUCAGUGCUAAGUUGUCAGGUUUUUUUUUAAAUGUUCAAAGUUAAACUAUAUAUACAUAUAAAGCGUUCUAUAAAUAUUUUUUUAUAUAUAGACUGAUGCUGGCAGGCAUAUUUUACUUGUUUUGCAAACAGUUUUUUUCUUAUUUUCAUUUGAACCUGCGUCCUAUACAGGUUGCUUACAUUAGAGUAAAUGACACCAACAACUGUUCAAUAUAAAAAUAUUAUAUUUUCU